AUCCCUCUGGCUCUUAAUGUAGUAUUUUGCCUUCUUGAGCAUCAGUGAAUGCUUGCGUCUUUUGUAAUAGUUGUUUGAGUCCCUCAUUUAUCCUCAGUGUGAAAAGAUGGAUUUAACAUGAUAUAGCCACUGUUGGAAAUUGGUCAAAUAUGCGCAAGAUGCUGGAAAAGCAAAGAAUGUGCAGGACCUGGAGGAUUUUUUGAAGAACAAUUGGCAGUUUAACUGCUCAGGACAAACAAGGGACUCAUGAACAGCUAUCACAAAACAUAAAAACAGUCACUGAUCAUCCAGAUGACAACACAGUAUUAAGAAUCAAGUGUAAAUGUAAACUUUUGAACUGGUUCUUUUGUUGUAUUAUUAUUUUGUCUUGUGGACUAUAUGUAAACAUCUGUUAUGUGAAAAGGCGUAUUCAGGGCUAAACUAAAAAACAAAAUAUAUUAGUAACAUUUUGCAGAUUCUGUAAACUUAUGACCCCAACUGUAAGUGAUGAGAACUCUCAUAACUGUUACAGUUACACUCAACAGACGUGAGGAGUCUUCAUAAAAGUACUGGAUGUUAAUUACACAGUGUCUCAGUGCACACAUUGGCUUGACUUAUAUUUAUGUAUCUUCCAAAUGCCUGUGGAAUGGGCAUUGUUGAAUCUGGUUAAAAACUUUGGAUGUACACUUUUUUAAAAUUACAGCUGACAGCACAGUUUUUUGUAAACUGUUUUUUAAUUAAAAUAGUUUUGUAGUGUAUAUUGUUGUUAUUCUUCUUUCCGCUGCUCCCAUUAAGGGUCGCUACAGUGGAUCAUCGGUCCGCAUAUUUGAUUUGGCACAGUUUUUACACCGGAUGCCCUUCCUGACACAGCCCUCCCCAAUUUUACCCUGUCUUGGGACCCGCACUGGGAGUGCAAUGUCUUUUGCAACCCCAGUGGCUGGGGUUGGUUCCCUGGCCAAGAAUUGAACCUGGGCCACAGCAGUUCUAUUGAUUAAACUGGAGAAAAAAGUGUGACACUCUAAAAAAGCAUUUGUUAUUCUCUUGUGUCUCUGAGAUCCACUAUUAUUGUAUUGUUUAUUUCUACACAGCAGUCUAAUGAUUAGAGAUUUAAUAAUGUGCAUAGUUUAUGAGAUGAGUGUGAGUAGUAUUCCCAAAUAUUGUCAAAAUGUUAGCUAUUGGGAUUAAUAAUAAGCAGUAUUAGUAGUAUCUUUGAAGUAUCUUUGCAGAAGAGACUUGGCAUUGGAUGUUAGCUGACUGCUAUUUGGCUGACUAAUUUGACAUUCAGGCAACAAAUCCAAACCAUUACUGAAUACAGUUCAAAAUUAGCUGGUCUGUUUGUAUGAAUAUGACUUGGUCCUAAUGCUGGUGUUUGGAACCAUAAACAAGAACAAAAAUAAAGCUGGGAAUGAAGUACUCUAGUAAACAUUUAUAAUAAUUACCUGCUUAUUUUGAGGAAUAAAUAUAAGAAAACUAAAAUAAUGAAGAGAGAAAUAUCAUUAAAUGUAUUUGGUUGUGAGAGAUUUAUGAGAUGCAGCUUUAUCAUUAACUAAAUGCUGUUUACCAAACUUUUUCCCUAUUCAGAUUUGAAUGGCUUUUGAGCCAUAUGUUGUUGAUAUUAAACGUUUCCAAAACUGGUAUGCUGCCACGUAAAUAGUGGAGCUCAGCUGUCCCUGAGUGCACAUGAAUGACUAAUGUCAAUAGACUCAGCUCCCUGGGUAUACUGUAUUUUGGACAUUAGGUUGUUGUAUAUCACAUGCUCACAAUUUGGCUUAAAUUGCGGUCAAACGUAUAGUUAUUUGUGCUAUUCGUAUAUAUGUAUAAAAGAUCCUAUGUGCAUCUUUUUUGAAUUUGCACCUAAUUUUUUUAAUCUCUCACUUCUGAAAAAGGAAAAUGACAACAAUGCAGUGCUGAUUAUUCCCUUAAGCUACCAGGACCCGCAGUAAAUUACAUUUUCAUUGUAGUUACUGAAUACUAUGCUUUAAGAUGCGAGACUGAAUACGAAGCUGAGGCGCUGUAUAAAAUAGGUAGCUUGCAGAAAAAAGCUUCAUUCUCUCUACAUGUCAAAACUGACCUCAUUCAGAAGUAGGAUUCUACAUAAAACCUUUAAGGGUUCCCGCCAGAGGGACAAAUUGAAGGACCUUGUAGGGUGCUUUUCUAAGAUUUUAGGACACACAGACAAAUAAAGCUUUCUUGUUUGAGGCUUUGAGGAGCUCUAAAAUAAGAAUCUGUUUAAGGAUCUGCUAGGAAAUUCUGGACUUGCUCGCACUAUUUGAUCUUAUGGCUUGUAAUGCAGUUAGCUCCCAGUAAUGAGAGUCUUUGCUGCUGCAAAGUUUUCUGCUGUGUGCUCUGAUAGACCAUCUUUUUCUUAUUCCUCAGUGCAAUCAAACCCACAUACCACUGAUCUGAAUCAUGUCUUACCUCAAAGAAAAUACAAAGCUUUGUGUCUGUCUGCUAAUCUCCUGUCUAGUUUAAAGCACAUGUUGUUUCACUAUUUAUUUCUUUUGUAUAUUUUAUUAAGAGUAGCAGUUUCAAUGGCUUUCUUUGUUAAUUAUAGCAGAAGGUGUAGUUCUAUACACAUUACAGCUAGGUCAGUGAAUUCCAGUCCUUAGGAUGACAGUAAUAGCUCCAAAGUGUCCAACAGCCAGGACAACUUCCUGCUGAUUUUGUUUGGACAUUCUAAAUACCCUUUGUUGUUCUAAAACUUCUGUUGGCAUCACUGGCAUUAGUUUGAUGUUCCUCCAGGUGACUUGAAUUUUCGAUUGAAAGGCAUGCAGUGAGUCUGUCAAAUAUUCACCUCCUCAGAGUUUCUGAAUGAGACUGGUAAACAGAAGUGCAGGAGUAACAGUCCCUGGCAUUCUGUGCAUUCCACACACACAGCAUGCUCCAUUGGUUCCCUUUGCCUCUCUGCCUAAACAUGGAGAAGUGGAGGAUUCUACAAUGGAAGGAUCAUGUGAAGAAGAAGGAAAGAAUGCAAUGUGAGAAACCCAUCCAGCAAGAGAAAAGUGGCAUCUUCUGCCAGCACCACAACUGUCCAGAACGUUACCUUGCUGCCAAGAUAGCCUUUAAGAAUGCCUUUGACAAAAGCCUGCCUUUUGAGAAUGCCUUUGCCGUUCUCAUGGCUGGAUUGGGAAGCUGUCGCAAGGUUGGCAUGAACUUUAACAGGAUACAUGGCAAGCAUAUCAGCACUGUUGCCAAACUUAUUAACAAAUUCAAAAAGAAUGGAAGUGUUGCGGACCAACCGAGAAGUGGACGUCCACGAACAGCCACUGAUGAAGGCACAACAGACGUGAUGCUGGCAUACAUACAGUCCUGCUCACCAUUAUUGGCACCCAUGAAGUUUAAGUACAUAAUGUGGAAUAUCUCCUGAAAAAAAUUAAUCAAGUGAAACAGCUUUUUUCUAUAGAGAACUUGUGUUUGAUAUGGAAGAGCAAAUGAUAAACAACAAUUUAAAACAAAAAACAAUGGGAGAAAAAAUAGAAAAACUUAAAGCUUGCUGGGACACUGGUAUUGGCACCCUUUACUAUAAAUCAGUAUGGAAAUACAUUUUGAUUCACCUGUGGUUUGAAUCACCUGUGAUAAAUUGUCAGUGCCCAUGUGACAUAAAUUAACCACUGAAUGAUGACUUCAGUGUUUUAAAAAGCCACAUGUUACUCCCUGUUCCUUUGUCAUAAUGGUGAAGACAAAGGAGCUGUAUGAGGACAUCAGAAGUGCUAUUAUUAGCAAACACAAGACCUCCAAAGGGUAUAAGGCCAUCUCCAAAGACCUUGGUAUCCCUGUUUCAGCAGUGCGCAAUGUUAUUUAGAAGUUUGCCAAGGCUGGAACUGUCAAGAACCUCCCUGGACGUAGGGGAAAGGAAAAUUGAUGAGAGAACGCUUCGAAGGUUGGUGCGAAUGGUGGAAAAAACACCAUGUCUAACAUCCAAAGACCUGAAGGCCAACCUGGAACAGUCUGGGGUCAUGGUUUCAACAAGUACUAUAUGCUGCACACUAAACCAAGCAGGGCUUCAUGGGCGAAGGCCAAGGAAGACACCAUUGCUGAAGAAAAGACGUGAAAAGGAACGACUGAUCUUUGCCAAAGAGUACCUGGACAAACCACAAUCCUUCUGGGAAAAUGUUCUGUGGACAGAUGAAACAAAAAUAGAGCUUUUUGGCAAUGCACACCAACAGUUUGUUUACAGACGGCGCAGUGAAGCUUAUAAGGAAAAGAACACCCUACCAACAGUUAAGCAUGGUGGAGGAUCCAUAAUGCUGUGGGGCUGCUUUGCUGCGUCUGGUACUGGAGGCCUUGACCGUAUCACAGGAAUCAUGAAAUCAGAGAAUUACCAAGAGAUUUUAUAGCAAAAUGUCCUACCUAGUGUAAGAAAACUUGGUUUGAGUUGAAGAUCAUGGGUCCUCCAGCAAGACAAAGACCCAAAGCACACAUCCAAAAGCAUGCAGGAAUGGUUGAAAAGGAAAAAAUGGACUGUUUUAAGAUGGCCCGCAAUGAGUCCUGAUCUCAAUCGCAUUGAAAAUCUGUGGGGUGAGCUGAAAACUGCCAUUGGGAAAAAGAACCCUGCAAAUGUUCACGAGCUUGAACAAACUGCAAAGGAAGAGUGGGAGAAAAUAACAGCAGAGAAAUGCAAGAAGCAUAUAGAUGGCUACAAGAAACGUUUGGAGGCUGUCAUUGCUGUGAAAGGGUGUGCAACCAAAUAUUAAGGAAGGGUGCCUUUAUUGCUGCUCAUGCUCUUUUUUCCAGUUUCUUCUUUGAAAUUACUACAUGCAAGUUGAAAUUUUCUCUGUUUUAAUUCUUUGUUUAAUUACUUUGGAUCUCCAAUUAAAAAAUGCUGAUGAUAUAAUUUUGGUACAUUUUCAUUUAUUCCUGAAGAUAUUGUACAGGUUUUGCAAAAAAUGAAGGGGUGCCAAUAAUGGUGAGCUUUUGGGACACCCUGUAGAUUAUAUGCUCCAAAAGACAUCAGACCACCCUAUCUCCAGUUAUAAAAGAGAUUAAAAUGCAUAUUUAUUUUAACCGUAUUUUUUAAAAUAAAAUUAAAUCAUUUAAAUUUUGCUUUUACUAAAAUCAUACAUAUUAAAUGCCUUUAUUCACAUACUGCAAAGCUAAGUGUAUGAAAGGUUAUAUGAAUUUUAUUCUUUUUAUUCCUCCUAUUGUCAUUCUUCUCUUUGCAGUGCACAUUUUAUUGGUCUUUUAUUUUUUAACUUAAAAUUGGUAAAUCUAUUUGCUUGGGGGGAUGUCUUUGUAGACCAUAUUUUAUAUCGUGGUGCAGGUCAGGAGCUAACACUGUUCUGGGUCUGUGUUGUGUAUGCUCCUCCAUUAUUAGCAAUAUAAAUCAUUGCCUGGCAUUUGACAGUGCAGUGUGAGAACAGACAGCGUAACAAUGUCAUACAGUAAACUAAGUCUUGUGCAGCUGUGGAUUCAGAUCCAAAGGUGCUUUUUUUCUUCUAUUUCAGGGUCUAAAAUCUUCAAAUGUAAACAAAAAAUCUAAUUAACUAUGAAUAGUCUGUGAAUUUUCUGAAACAUCACAAGAUGGCAGCAGAGUGCUGGGUGAAAAUUGGAAUAUUUUAACCCACUUUGGUCCUUUUUUUUAAUGGUUAUUGCUUAUGUAAUCUUACCUAGAAUUCACACCAUAACAUAACAUUCUUGUGUUCUGACCCAUUCUGUGGAUUCUGAUUCUGAUUCCUGGUUUGCUAUGAUUAAUAAAGAGCAAGAGUUUACGCUCUUUCGUACUGCCCCUCUGUUUCACAUUUUACAGCAUAUUGUAAGGAACAUAAAAUGUUUUCCUUGUUUAUGUUGCCUAUGGCUUUGUGAGUAUGGGCCUGCUUUGUCAUGUUUAUUGUGAAAAAUGCUACAAAUACUGUAUAUUAAAAUCACUUUGAUUUGAUGGGUUCCUGAAAAAUUUAAAUAUUUUGAAACUAGUAGAAGCUGCAUGACUACCCUGGUAUUGGCCUCAAGUUCCCCAGAAACCAUUUUGUUAUGGAUCACAAUCUUUGUUUAUAUAAAAAAAAUUCCAAUAUAAAUAAUGUUGAAAGAUUGAUAGCAGACUCACUGAACUAAAUGACGUCAUAAACCACCAUGUUUAUAAAAUGCUGCCAGGCUUCUGAUACAAUGCCAUCAAUUGUUCAUUCAAAAAUGUUUAUUCAAUAGUUUAUACAGAUGCUCAAAAUUGACAUUCACUUGUACUAAUCAGAAUUUACAUUCUAAUCAGAAUUUUUAACCUUUCUUUCAGCAUAUCCCCUCACUGAGCACUUACCAUUCCUCUCCCUAUCACACUCUUUCCUUUAUCUUCAUUGUAUUGUAUGUCCAAAUACAGUACUUUUCUCUUUCAUGUUUCACAUUAAAGAAGUCCUCUGAUGUCACCAGGCAAGAAUUAAGGAUGUGUGUUAUGUGACCUCUUUUAGAGUAUUGUUACUUUAUGUCCUGUAUUUUGCGCAAUGCAACAUUUCUUUCUACUGACAGCUGUGAAUACGUGUCAGCUUGCAUUAAAUUGUCAGCUUGCAUUAAAUCAAAACAACAUACAGAUUUUCUAUUUUGACUUAAUUUGCACAAUAUUUGUACAUUCAAAAGUAGUAAGUGCUUAUAGCUUGUGUUAGAUUGAAGUUGCCCUCUUCAAACGUAUUACAAAAUUUAAGACACCAUUUUACAGAAAAUUUACAGACAUUUUACAGAAAAAGGUACAAUAUAACGCCUGUGUCUGAUCCUCUCAGAAUAUGACAUGUUUAACAUACCUGAAUAUUACAUCUGUGCCAUCAUUGAGCCAAUAUGCAUUAACAUGGGUUAAAACAAUGAGCUCUGACACUUUAUUAUGAACCAAGUACUCAAAAAGCAUCACAGUUUUCAGAGGGAAGACCCUGAGACAUGGCAAGAGGAACUUAUCAUAGUUUAACAAAUGGAGAAAAAUAGGAAAUGGGUAUAAAAUGACACCACACUGCUGGAAACAUCCAAUACAGGACACAGUGUGUCUCCAUCUUUCGCAUGCCUCUGGGGUAUGUUUUAGUUUAUUCGUCCUUUUAUUUGUUCUAUCUUUGUUGCCUUGGCCAGGUGUCAAAUUAUUCCCAUCAUGCCAUUUUUAACAAGUUUUGUAGAGUGAUGGAAACUUGAGUGCAAACUGUUCUUAGCAAUUGCAGUCCUAAGGCUAUCCAAAGAAGAGCAUCCACAGCCAUCCUUAGGGUUUCUAUAUGGUACCAUCCAUGGUAAUAUCAUGGUCAUCUUAAGGUUGUCCAUGUGGGACCAUCCUUAGCAGCAGCGAGUAAUUUUCAGGUGACAAAAAGAAGUAUAGCAUCAGGAUGGAUGAGGCAUGUCCAGCGUGCAAAAGGAAUCAGGAUCACUGGUAACUCGGGUGUAGCAUAUGUAGCUCAACAGAGAGAGAGCAAGAGAGAUAAGAAAGAGGGAGGCGGAAGAGAGAGAGAGAACACAAAUUAUUAGGUAUGCUCUUGUAUUGUAAUGGUUUAAGAAAAUUUACAUUGUGUGCAGAGUGCAAGCAGGGAUGGCAAGACUAGCUAUGACAGCAUAACUAAAAGGGAGGACCAGAAGGUAGCACAGAUAUGAGAGCACCCUGGGACAUAAAGUCGCCAGCCACUCCACCAUCACCAAACCUGAAUGAAUAUUUUUUUUAACAAAAGGCUUGACUAAACAAGUCUAGUCCCGAACAUUAAUUGGAAGGCUGUUCCAUAACUGUGGGUCUAUGAAUGAGAAAGCUCUCAUCCAAGGUCUAUUACUUCUGCACAUGAUGUAACUGAAAGGCCAUCCAGUGUUACUAUGUAAUCAGAAAGCAUACUUUUAGCUGCCUGUGGUCCUAGUACAAGUACUUUUAUCUUGUCAGAAUUAAGUAGAAGGAAGUUACUAGCAUCCAUUGUCUAAUGUCCUUUACACAUUCUGCAGUUUUAUUAAGCUGUUGUCUCUCAUGUGGCUUUGCUGAAACAUACAACUAUGUGUCAUCAGAAUAAUUGUAGAACGUAAUACCAUGUUUACAAAUAAUUUUAGAGGUAGCAUAUUUAGAGAAAAAAGCAGUGGGCCUAAAACAGAACCUUGUGGAACACUAACCUUUACCUUAGUAUGCAUAGAGCAGUCACCAUUUACAUCUACAAACUGAUAAUGAUCAGUCAAAUAAGACCUAAGCAAGACGACGACCCUUAAUUCCAACAACAUUUUCUAGUCCGUCAAGGAGAAUAAUAUGAUCAAUCGCCUCAAAAGGUGCACUAAGUUCGAGCAACACAAUCAAGCAUCCAGCAUCUCAGAAGGCAGGGGAGAAGAGCUGAAGUUUUGUGGCCCUGCAUUUACUCGGGAUGUAAUUUUUUUCUGAAGGCCAUUAUUAUCUUUAUCAUUAAGUUGUAAUUAAGUUGAGCCUGUACUGUGUAGUAUUUUCAUGCUAGAGUGUGUAUAUUAGAGGAGGUACUGGAAGUAUAUGUUGUGAUGUUAAAACUGACUGAGAGGAGAAACUGAUCAUGUUUGUGUGUUUGUGUGUGAUAGGAUGUCUGUUCCUGUAUCCACACAACGUAAACUCUAACAUAGUAUCAUACAGGAAGUCAUGCCCCCACCCCCAUUACCACACGCAACGACCAACAAUUAUAUACUCACAGCUGUUCUCCACCUGAUGCUCACUCACACAAUACACAGGCAGUACAUAAAGGCUGCAGGAAAGAAAGGAAGUGAAUAAGAAGGGAGAGAGUGAGAUAGGGAGGCAGCAAUAGAGAGUGAGAGAGAGAUAUAGAGUGGCCACUCGACGACUAAAACUGUCCUAAAACACUCCAACAGGACUACAGUGUACUGCUAUAAUGUGUACUGCCAACAGCUUACACUUGACUGGAGACAUACACAUGCAUCUGAUACUUCUUUGCAGGGGCAGAUGAGUAACAUUAAUGUGGGGUUUAGUGUGGGAUUUCAUGGUCAGCUGAAGCGUUUGGAGUGCUAUAUGGUCUACUGCUUGGCUGGGGAGCUACUGUUCUUUUCCACAGACCUGUGGAGGGGUCUGAAAAGUGAGAGCAAAGAGGCAGGCAAGAGUGCAUUCACUACAGCAAAUUCUUUGUUCCUUUCUCUCUUUUUUCUCUCACUCUCAGAAUUGAGGUGUUUGUCUGAAAGCUCAAGUUGUUGGUAGAAAGCUGGUUUCUACCAGUCCUAACAGCUGAUAAUGGUAGUCUAGAAUAAACUUCGCAAAAAACAACAAAAAAAGUGUGUGUGUGUGAGAGAGAGUGACCAUGAGUGACAGCAUAAAGCAAUAAGGUUUUGUUAAUAGUGUGGAUGUUUAGUCAAGAUGCCACAUGGAAUAGCAUUGAAAAUGGUGUUGGUAAUUCUGUGAUAUAGGAAUGUGAUACUCACUGUCCUGUAUGGUCAGCUGUGGGGCAGCACACAAGACACAAAUUGGCAGCUUGAGCAUUUUAGGCUACAUUUAUUUUUCUGUGUAUUUGGAGUAGAAGAGUUAGAGCUAUAAUUGUUGCAGAUUAAAUGUAAUUAUGACACUCAUGUCAAGAGCAUCUUGGGACAUGUGUAUGUACAUGUAUAUGUUUGUGGUGUGUGACACAUUUGACCUUUUUGGUUUUCUGGAUUUGUAAUUUCCAUGUCAUUCUGCCUGCAAUAAUCUGAUUUUAACCUUCUCUAUAAAAUCAGCAAUAAAGCUCACUAAGGAGGAAAAUAAAAUAAAAAUGGAAGGGUGUAAUAUCUGUUUAGCUAGAGUUUUAUUUCUCUGGUAUCUGUCAUGUCUGUCUGACUCUUCACACCUUUGCUCUCUUGUUGUGUGAUGAGCUCUUUUUCUAACUAAUGGCCUUCAGCCAGUCACUCCAUUACCCUGUUUGGGUACAGCACACAUUCAUUUUGGCUCUCAGUACAUUUGUGUGUAGAGGAGACAUUUUGUUCAGAUUUGGUCUGGAGCAAGAAGUAGUUUCUUCUGCCAGUACAUUGACAAUAUUAUUCUGCACAAAAUAUGUUUCAUUAUUUUUCCACCCUGAUUAUUGACUUCUUUUCUUGUGUUUACCCUGCAGUUUCCUACAGUCUGACUUUCCUAUUUAUAUAACGUCUGGCAAAUAGGGACACUGUAGCUGAAACUGGAUGGACAUGUCUGAUGUAGUGUGUGUGUGUGUGUGCAUGUGUGUGCGUGCGUGUUUGUGUGUAUGUUUUAGCAUCAGCUGCUAUAGUUGCAAAGCUCAAUAAAAAUUAACAAUAGGAGGAAACGCACAAAGUUUUUCCCCUUCAUCUCUUUUUUUAUGUCCCUGUGUGUAAUGAUUUCUGAGCACUACUUUAUGUGUUCUUAUCAUCAAAUAAAUUAAUUCAUUUAUGUUUCUCAAUUGCUACUACUACUGUUUUUUCAAUUUUUACAUGCAAACUGUACAGGCUCAGCCUGGUACUGUGAGACUUGAAGAGCAUAAAGCCUUAUAUAUUGCAUAUAAUUAUGUUUUUAUUACAGGAAAAGUCUUUGUUUCUUAUGUAAGUUUUCUUUUGGUCUGGAUCUUGGUUUGGCAAUUAAAUUUGGUGAAGAACUAUACAUUUUUGGUGCUUUUCAUUGAGGGCACCAAAGGUUUUUAUAGGUGCCAUGGAGUGACGCUAAAUAUCUUGCCAUUUUAGAGGAUUUAGGAGUUGCAGGUUAAGACUCUUUAUUUUAGCUGAGGCAAACAAAUUCAAAACAUAGAGCAUAAUCAGAGUCAGGAAACGGGCAGAAGUCAGGCGAUUUGCAAACAGUAUUGCAAUAUUUGGGCAAAAGACAAAGUCAUAAACCAGGAACCAGAAGUGCAGUCAUAACCAGAAACACAAGAACUAGAGAAUAUAAGGCUUGAUAUCGACAGGUAUGUGACACUGAGCAUAUACUUAGCACUGAACAGUUAUGAUGAGAGUCCUUGUGGCUGUUAUUGUGUAAAAGAGUCCAAGGGUCUGCAAUCAGAAUGAAGGAGAACGUGAACAUGAGAGAGUUUGUUAUGGCUGUUGGGUACUGUAGUCUUCGGUAGCCACGUUAGUAGGCCGCUCUGUGGUCUGGUAUUUGUAGUUGGUGGUCAUGUUUGUAGGCUGCUCUGUACCUGGUGUGAGAAGCAACAUAAUUUCUGGUGUUGACGUGACAGAACUUUGUUACUGGCUUUAUCUUAGGAACAUGGAAUGUAGGUGCAAGGUGGCAAUGGCAUGGUACGUCGAGCUUGUAUGUGACUUUGUUCAUACACUGUAGAAUUUUGAAGGGGCCGAUAUAGCAGGGCAUGGGUUUCCUGCAUCCUUGAGUAACUUUGUUAUAUUUAGUAGCUAGCCAUACUCUAUCCCUGGGUUUAUAUUGUGGUGAGGCAUUUUGACAUCUGUCUGAAAAUUCCUUGUUCCUCUGGGAUGCUUGUUCCAGGUGUUGGUGUGCAACCUCCCACACUUUUUCACUAUUCUUGAACCAGUUGCUGACUGCAGGGGAGUCAGAGGGGGUAGCGUUCCAUGGAAACACAACAGGGUAGGUUGGUGACCCAGCACACACUGGAAUUGGGUUAGUUGUAUGGCUGAGUGACAUAGAGAGUUCUGGGCAUAUUCUGCCCACAGCAGGAACUGGGCCCAGUCCUCCUGGUUGUCAACACAAUAGGGUCUCAAGAAGUGGCCCACAUCCAGGUUUGCCCUCUCAACCUGAUCGUUGGCUUGGGGGUGGUACCCAGACGUGAGGCUGACAGAUACCUCCAGCUUCUCCAUAAAACUUUCCCAUACCUAAGAUGUGAACUGGGCCCCCAGGUCACUCACUACGUCUCCAGGAAUCCCAUAGUGCCUAAAUACAUGGGGGAAUAGGAGUUUGGCAGUUUCAAAGGCUGGGCGGAGACAGAGGAGGGGAAUCAGGUAAAGGGACCUAGAAAGUUGGUCGAUGACCACCAUGAUGACUGUGUAACCUGGUGAUUGAAGUAAAUCUGUGAUGAAGUCUGUGGAUAUGUGAGAACAUGGUCUUUGUGGUAUUAGGAAGGAGUUUACCUGUAGGUAGUGUUCUGGGUACCUUGGAUUGAGCACAAGCAGUACAUGAGAAGAUGAAUUGCUGGAUGUCGGAGAGCAUAUGGGGCCACCAGUAUUUCCCUUGGAUAAGCUGAUGUGUUUUGUGGGUGCCCGGGGGUUCGGUGGCAGGUGAGGUGUGUACCCAUGUGGUGAGUUUGCUCCUCAGCUGAGGGGAUACAUGCUUCUUUCCUGUAAGCAACUGACUGGGAAUUCGUUGGCCUGGUGUGUUCAUGAUGUCCUGGUCAAAGUCCCGGGUUAACAUUCCCACAAAACAGGCUUUUGGCAAGUUGUACUCUUUGCUGUUCUCCUUGGGUGGGGCUGGGUACAGGUGUGAGAGGAAGUCAGCUUUGGUGUUCUUAGACCCUGGGUGGUAGGAGAGGGUGAACUCAAACCUUGAGAAGAACAAAGCCCACCUUGCCUGACACCUUGGCCAUCUUGAUGUAUUCAAGAUUUUUAUAUAGUGUAUAUCAUGAAUGGAUGUUGAACCCCCUCUAGCCAGUGAUGCCACUCCUCCAAGGCAAGUUUUACUGCCAGGAGUUUUCUGUUGCCUAUGUCAUAAUUUCUUUCAGCUGGAGAGAAUUUUUUUAUAAAUAAAAGAAUGGCACUGGGGGAAGCUUAGGUUUCUCUCCAAACCUCUGUGACAGCACCGCCGGCACGCCAGUGUCUGAAGCAUCCACUUCCACUGUGAAGGCCUGUGAGGGAUGGUGGGAUGAUGGUGGUUACCUUGUCCUGGUGCAUGAGAACUCUCUCUUCGUUGAUGACAUAGCUAAGGAGUGAGAUCUCCGAUGGGUCCACCAUCUAGGGCUUGGAUGUUAAAGGGAUUGCGGAGUAGCUGAAUGGGCAGAUUCGGGACGGGAGAGCUGUCAAUGAAGCUGCCAGCCAUCCCAAAAUCAAUCAGUGCUGAAACAGUAAAGAAACCUUCUGAGUGUCCUAUGGCAAAGUAUGGCAAAGUUUUGAUGAAUUAUAAUCUAAAGAGCACUCACCAUGUUGGAGCAAGAGGGCUGAUCCACUCGCUCUGAGGUGUUCUGAGACGGCUUGGGCUUGGGACGGAGUAUACAUAGUGCCAUGGGAUGCCGAGGGCUGCAGCAGAAGCACAGUUUAUGCUUUUGAUACCUUUGGUGUUCAACAUCCGUCAUGGGAAUGGGCUCAGAUUCUGGGAUAUCCAUUGUGGAAAAUAUCUGUGGUUUACCCUUCUGUUUCUGCAUCAGGUGAUCAAGGUGGAUGGAGAGGGAGUCAAGGGAUGCUUGGUCAUUGUGGCAUGCCAGUUCUGUGAGAUCUUGAUUCAAGCCCAGUCGCUGUUUUGGGCACUGGCUCAUUCCAGCUGCUGCCAGUGGCUAGUGUGCAGAAUGUUUGGGCAAACUCAGCGGCACUCUGAUUCCCUUGCUUGAGCAUGAGGAGUUGCUCACCCACUUCCUUCCCCUCAGGAGAAUGGAUGAAAACUCGCCGAAAGAGCUCUAGGAAGCGCUCAUAGGAGGUGGUGCGCUCUCCAGAUUGACUGAACUCAUGUCACUUUUUUACUUGAGCCACAGCACAAUACUACAGGCAUGAACUUCUUUCUUAACAAGCAUUAUCUGACAGCUACAAAUGUGAGAAACAUCACAUUUGAACUACGUCAGUAUCAUCAGUAGCUGCUUAUGCUAUAUCCCCCCUCUCACCAGGAGAUGGUGGUGGAUUUCCGCAGACACCGGUCUGCCCCCUCACUGGUGAACAUCCAGGGAAUGGACAUUGAGAGAGUGGACUCUUAUAAGUACCUGGGUGUUCAUCUAAACCACAAACUGGACUGGACUCACAACACAGACGCACUGUACAGGAAGGGUCAGAGCCGGCUCUACCUCCUGAGGAGACUGCGGUCCUUUGGUGUGCAGGGGGCGCUCCUAAAGACUUUUUAUGACUCUGUGGUGGCAUCAGCCAUCCUGUAUGGUGUGGUCUGUUGGAGCAGCAGCAUCACUGAGAGGGAGAGGAAAAAGCUGGACAAGGUCAUCAAGAGGUCCAGCUCUGUCCUGGGCUGUCCUCUGGACUCAGUGCGGGAGGUUGGUGACAGACGGGUCCUGACAAAACUGACAUCUAUGCUGGACCAUGAGUCCCACCCGCUGCGGGACGUCCUGUCAGCUCUGGAGAGCAGCUUCAGUGACAGACUGCUCCACCCUCAGUGUGUAAAGGAGAGAUUUCGUCGGUCUUUCCUUCCUGCUGCUGUAAGACUUUAUAAUGAACACUGCUGAUUUAUUUAUUUAUAAACUCUCAGUGCAGUAUUUACACUCACACUUAUGUGCAAUAUCAGUGUGCAAUAUUUUAAUGUGCAAUACCGUCACACUACUGGCAAGCUACACUAUUCUCAACCAACCUGUACUUAUGUGUAUAUACCCCUCUACUUUUUUUGUUUUGUGUUAGGAUUUUUGCUUUUAGCACUAUUUAAGCCAUUUAUGUACAGAAUAGUUUUUAAUCUAUCUUGUUCUUGUGUGCAUACUCUUUCUGUACUGUACCCCUGCUGUUGCUAAAUGCAAUUUCCCCACUGCGGGACAAAUAAAGGAAUAUCUUACUCUUACUCUUACUCUUAAGCUUGCGUUUACUGCAUGAUAAUCUUCAGCAUUAUGAAACAGAAUAUCAUAUAAUAUUUUUAGUUGCACUCAGCACAAUGACUUUUCCUGCGAUAACAAAGUGCAGAUGGUGUGUUGACAUCAUAAGAUCUAUGUUCCUCUCUGAUCUUUACAACUAUUGCAGAUGUCCAUUUGUCAUUUAUCCUCAUGUGUAUUCUCUCUCACUCCUGAAAAGAAGGGAAAAAUGGCUGUAAUUCCUAAACGGUUAAUGCAAUAUUUUUGUAAAAUCCCUUGAAUUAAAGCUGAAAGUCUACACUUCAAUCACAUCUUCAUUGCUUCAUUUCAAAUCCAUUGUGGUGGUGUACGUAGGCAAAAUUAUGAAAAUUGUGUCACUGUCCAAAUACUUAUAGACCUGUCUGUAUGUCAUCUUCUGCUACUGACGCUGUUGUAGGGCUGCACAAAUAUUCACUGGCAUUAAUGGUGUCAGCACUGCUUUGCUAAUAGGUAGCUUGGAACUUAGCACACGACCCAUGAGGAGCUGGGCUGGUGAGUAUUGCAGAACUGUGAUGGGUGUGUUCCGCAUAUGGAGGAGAGCAAGAUGGGGAUCAACAUCAGACUGCAUGGCUGGGUUCAUCAUAGCUUUGAGAGUGUGGAUUAUCCUUUCUGCCAUGCCAUUAUGGUCAGACCAUCCUGACCUGUGGAGAGACAUGAGCAACUGCAUCUCUUUGUCUCCGGUGGUAGCAGUUUUCAGGAGCAUUAUGCUGCCUUGUAAAGGCUCCACUUUUGUAGUGUAUAUGACUAUUUCAUCACCUAGUUCAUAUUCAUCUGUCACAUGUGUGUUGGGGUAGGCUCUGGACAAUGUGUCAGCAAUCAACAUGUCUUUUCCGGGGGUGUACUCAAGGUGACUGUCUUAUGUUGAUUUGUCAUAUGAUCUUUGUCUUUAUUAAACUUCACAUUGAGCUCUUUGGGUCUUUCCAUAGCUCUCUGUAGAACUCUGUCAUGCUCUGCUUUGGUUGCUGUCGCAAUGAUCAUAUCAUCUACAACAAUGAAGACACCUUUAAUGUCACCAAAGCUCUCACAGUUGACCUGCUGAAACACUUUAUGUGCAGACUUGAUGCUAAAGGGCAGAUGAUGGAAAUGCUAUCGACUCUAUGGUGUAUUAAAGGUGCAAAGGUCUGCAGACUGAGCAUCAAGCUUAAUCUGCCAGUACCCAUCCUUUUCAUCAAGAAUCAUGAAAAUCUUUUUUCCCUGCCAGUCUAUGCUAUAUAUCCUCAGGAGUGAGUAUGGAGAAGUGGUGAUACAAUAUGGCCCUAUUUAGAUCCCUCAGGUCAGAGCAGACCCUGAGAGCACCAUUUUUUUUUUCAGUGAUGCAUAUGCUGCUAAACCAGGUAGUAGGUUUUGACCUUGCUAAUCACACCCUUCUUUCCUUGUCUAUCAAGUGUGUCUUUCAGCCUGUCAUGGACAGCAUAAGGGAUCUUCCUACACUCAUGGAUCACAGGUGGAACAGUUGGAUCAAUGUAAAUGUGGUAGUGGCCAGGAAACUCACCAAGUCCUUCAAAAACUUAGGCAUACCUGUGCAGUAGCUCCUCUUUGGUGCAGAGGGAAUCAGUGCAUCUACUUCCCUUAUCAGGUCCAGCUGUACACAUGCUUGUUGGCCUAACAGGGGAGUAUCAGAUGCUGUGGUGAUGAAGAAGUCCAGGUGAGCUUGUUUGUUAGGCCUAGACAUGCAGCUUGACUUUGCCCUGUGGUGUGAUGCAUGCACUGCCAUAGGCUAUCAGCACUGUGUCAGACUUCUGUAGCUUGAGUGAAACAGAAAGUUUGUUUAUGAUGGACUGAGGCAGAAUAUUAGCUUCAGCACCAGUGUCAAGUUUAAAGCUAUGUAACUCACCACCUAUUCUAAGGUUAAUACACCAGCCUUCUUUUGCUGGUGCUGUCAUCCACAUUUCCCACAUCUGUGUCUGCUCUUGUUUGUGCUCAGCUUUCAACCAUCCUUUAAUAUGGCGACCCUUUCUCACGACUUCAUUGAGGGCCUGCUCUGUCCUAAUACUAACACAGGCAUGUGUUACUUCUUUUGCACGGCAUAUAUCACCCGCUUUCAUCAAAGUUAAGGCAGAGACAGACAACACUUAACACUAAACGCUAUCUUGUCUCUUAACAUAUUUCUUUGGUGUCUUUGUAUUCAGUUACAUGCUCUUGUUCAUCAUUUGUGUGCCCAAAACUGAUGAUAUUCAAAUACGUAUUUUUCCGUGGCUCACAGCCAUUGUCCAGAAAUACGAACACGUCUUGUUCAUACAUUGUCAUACUCAAUGCUGAGAGUAUUGUACCCCCCUAGUCCUUUCUCUCCCACAAAAUGCAAAAACACAGCAAUUGUUCUAGCCUCCAUUUCCGUUUUCCAUCUCCGUUUCGGUGGCUGGGUAAAUGACUGCAUAUUAGCUUUGCUAACUUGCUGAUUAGCCAACUCACAUUCCCCAAACCACAGUGAUUACGUCUCACACUCAGGGAACAAUCUCCACUUGUUAUCACAGCUGACAGGUAUUUGCUUGAAACGCAACCACUUCUGGCACCAUGUGGUCUUGUGUUUGUCUAAAGAAUGGACAGACUCCAGGUUGACUAAACUCAUGUCAUUUUUUUAACUUGAGUCACAGCGCAAUAAUACAGGCAUCUAAACAAGCAGUCUGACAGCCAAUCACAUUUGAACUAUGUCAGUAUCAUCGGUAGCUCCUUAUGCUACAAGGUGAGUGCCUUAUCAGUUAGUAGCUUGAUGAACUGUGGGAUCUUGGUUUUCUUAGAAAAAUACAGGGAACAUUGAAGCAUGAAACCUUUGCACGAAGCAGGAUCAACUGAAUAUUUGUUGGGAGUGCGAUGAGCGACACAGCAGAAUAAGAGGGUGCUGCCAAUAAUCCCGCAUGGGUUAUUGCAUUAAUUAACAUUAACAAAAGAUUAACUCCAGCAUUAAUAAGCCAUAAGAAAUAUUAACAAAAUAACAGUGUAAGCUAUCAUGUAUUAAUUGAUGUUUCUUUAAAUGUUAAUGGAGUACGCCUACAGUGACCUAUGUUUAUUCAAUCCAUGAUUAAAAAUAAAGUCCAUAGAAAUUAGCCAAAAUUAAAUGUUAUGAUGUUCCUAAAUGUUGAUAACUGAACUCUGGUCUUUGGAACUUGGAAUAUUGGAACUUACUGUUCAGCCUUAGUACUGAAUUUCACCAGUUAAAGAUCACAAACAGGUUAAUUAAAGUGUUGGUAUAUAUUGCUCAUUGUGCACUUAAUUUUAUUCAUGGUUGAACAUUAGUUAAUGUAGAUGUUGAUUAUUUGGCUUAUUUGGUUUAUUUUUAAAAAGCAUGAAUUAAUAUGUGCUACAUUGUUGUAGUUAUAAUUCAUAUAGUUCGGUCUUUUUAACUAAUGCAUUGAAUAAAUCCAUUUAAGUGAACCUUAAUGUAAAGCACUACUGAAGUUUCAAACACUCAAUUUAAUUAAUAUGAAAUAUUUGAAUAGUCUAAGCAUUCUUAAAACCAAUAAACACAGUAAAACAAAGGGAGCAGGGAGUGGCUUUGCGGUGGCUUCUCAGACAAACAUCGCUUCAGUUUCUGGCUUUGCAGAGGACAUCGCUCCCCCGUUGAGCUCUGCCAUAGGCAUCGCUCCACCCCCUUGUGAGUCUUGUUGCAUGUCAGGAGCCACGCUUUUCACUUUCACCUUGAUUUGUUUUGUUAUUUAAACUUUUGUUUUGUUAUUUGUUUCUGUGUUCUCUUUUCUGUAUUAUAUUGUCAAUUUUCCUUAGAAUAUAUUGAUGAUGAAAUUUGAGACAAUUUUUAAAAAUCCUGUCAUUCAAAUGCGAUUUAUUGAUGCCAUUAAUAAAUGUGCUACAAUUAAAUAAUAUCUUAAACAAGUAAUGUCUUUUACAAAGUAAUUGUGAAUGAAGGGAAAGGCAUAAUCAAUGAAAACAUGCUGUCCCAAAUAAAAAAAAAAAAAAAUACCAUGGCUUUCAGUCUGUCUUGGCAAAAUAGCAAACAUUUUGCCUUCACACAACACCUUGAGGAUUUCAGAAAUGUAUCACGUUAUACAUCAUGUAUACACGUUAUAUAACAUGUUAGGAUAUUUGUUUUAUUAAUACCAAAAAGCUUAGACAAUUUGGAAAUUCAAAAAGUGUCCCAAUAUAUCUGAAAUCACCUUAAGUAUAAUGAAACUAUCUAUUCCAACCUUCAAGUCUCACUUCUUAUUACAAUUUGUUAUUGUUAUGCCAAUAAUGCCAAAUCACUGCUGCAUUUAGGGGAGCUUUUAUUUCUGCCAAAGUAAAUUGGUUUAUGGUUGAACCUGAAGCAAAUUUCACAUGUGAAAUACUUUUUAUACUGAAAGUCUAUGACAUAAAUCACCUGACACAAUAAUUUCAAUUAAAAUGAGUGUAUUUUAUAUGCAAAAGGCAAAUUCUCCUAUUUCAUUGGUGUAACACACCAGACUCAGACACAGAAUAAGGAUCCAUAUGCAAUAUUUAUUGAACAGCUCAUAGUCAAAAAAACAUUCUAGGGGCACAUACCAGAAAUAGAUAGAAUGGCAGGAGACAAAUCCAAAAAUACGCAGUCCAAAGAUCAAAACCAUAAAUUGGGGAAGUGUUAAAAAAACAGCUAGUCAAAAGCAAAAAAAAAGAAAAGAAAAAAAAAAAAAAAAAAAAAACAGUAUCAGAGGGCAAGACAAAACAUAAUUAGGCAUAAUAAGAUCAUGCACAGAGCUUAAUCCAAAAUAACACAACUCAGAACUUGGUUAGUAAACUAUAAGGCUUUGCGAUGGUGUGAAAGUCCAUGCACUUUUUAUAUGAGAGAAACAGAGAGUGAUAACAGAAGAAGCAGUUCAAAACUCGGGGGGAGGGCGCCCUAAGGUGGUCUGGAGUAGGCCUAUCCAGGUUGGAUUUUACAAAAAUUUUGACAAAAUAAUUUUGAUAGGAGGACCUAAUUUUGUUUGUAAGCAUUAUUUUCUGACUGCUAGUUAGAAUGCUAGUUUCAAAUUGAAAGCUGCACUGUGUGCAUAUCUAGUAAAACUGUAAUAAGACUUAAGAUAUCUCUCUCUCACACUCUCUCUGUCUCUCACUCUCUCUCUCUAUCACAGGUGUAUCACCAUCCAUUAUGUCAAGAUUUUAGGGAAGGUAGGCCACUGCAUCUCUGUGAAUCAUGUGACUCCCACUGCCACCCUGUCACUGGUGGCAACAUGUGUUUUGACAGGCAUCCACAGUUUGAUUUGAAACCAGGGUGUGAGACAUCUCCUGUCCUGAAAUGUAUUUUAGAACUUCUAUAUGCACACUCUUUCACAAUGUUAUUAAGCUUCAGAUUCAUACAUUAAUUACUCUUUUGUCAUUCAUUUUACUUAACAUAAACAUGAGUACAGAGUAUUGCACAUUAUGGCAGGAUAGUUCCACAUAUUGUACAAUACCACAUAUUGUACAUUCCAGUUCAUUUGGUUUUUACCAUACCCCUGUCAGGUUCCAACCUGGCCCACAACAUGUCCAUUCGCUCCUGUCCCCCACGCACCAGCUUCCCCUCUGAUCUGGAGGAGGGGGAAGAGGGAGUUUUUGACGUGGGGUUAGUGCUUCUUUUAAUUUGUUUAUCCAUCCUGCCAUCUGUUCAACACACACAGGACCUAUGCUUGCAUAGUGAAAGAGGGUGUCCCUGUUUCAAUUUCAAGUAAUGAAUUGUCUACAUCAUUGCCUGUAAUAUUUACUGCAAAUUUGGCUUGAUUAAAUUUCAAGUUCAAGUAAAACUAAGUGAAUGAAUGCGUGUUCACCAGGGAUUGCAAGAGUAGCCCUAUAAAACUAGAGAAGAAGAAAGCAAGAAGACGAUAUACCAAUGGAGGUUCUUGGCACUGUGUUUGAGAAGAAGGGGAUUGAGUUAUCUCAAGUGGAUCUGUUCUUGGAUCAGUCCAGUACUCCCCUGUCUCUGGGUUUUGAGGCCUACCGCUUUGGGGGACACUACCUCCGAGUACGAGCACGCCCAGGAGGAGAGCUGAGGGUGGAGAAAAGGGUGAAAGACCCUCGCUCUCUCAGUUUGCCCAUCAUAAGACCCUCAAGUGCUCGCAGUGCUUCCUUUCACCGGGUGGAACAUGGCUCUUUGGAUCGACGAGAGGCAGCAGAUCUGCGUGGUCAAGCACGUCGACGAAAGAACAUGACAGAGUUCCUAGGUGACACAAAUAUUUCUCUGGAUUCCGUCUCCCAGUUGAGUGGUUCCCUCACAAAUACAAACACAGGAACAGAUCGGUGGAAAAACAGGGCAGCCAGCCGCUUCAGUGUUUUUUUCACAUCCAGCUCGAGCAGUGGUUCUGUAAGCAAGGAGUGUGAAUGUAUGGAGCAGUUGCAGAGUAAGCUUCAUUCCUACACUCUGUUUGGAUUACCCAAGAUGCCUCAGCAGCUCUCCUUCCACAGAGACUCCUGGGAGGAAGAACCUAACAUGGAGAUGGAGGAGAGCUGGAAAGAACUACUGGAGAAACCUGAGACAUUGACUAAACGACAAUGCCACCAGCAGGAAGCAAUCUGGGAGCUACUGCAGACAGAGUCAGCCUACAUCAAGAAGUUACAUGUCAUCACAGAUUUGUUUCUCUGUGGGCUGUUGAACCUACAGGAGAGUGGGCUGCUGCGUGAUAUCAAUCCUGCUCGUCUCUUUGGAAACAUCCAGGAAAUUGUGCACUUACACACACUGUUCUGGGCCGAGGUCCUGCUACCUACACUGGAGCGAUCUAGGCAUAGCCACACCAUGCUCAACCCUUUGGACCUGCACCAGGGUUUUAGCACUUUUGAUUACAGAUUUAAGCCUUACAUCCAUUACUGCUUGGAGGAGGAGAGCUGCAUGGAGUACAUGCGCACUUUACUGAAGGACAAUGAACUCUUCAGGAUCUAUGUUACAUGGGCAGAGACCCAUAAACAGUGUAGCCGUCUGAAGCUGACUGACAUGCUGGUGAAACCUCACCAAAGACUCACCAAGUACCCACUACUGCUGAAGAGCAUUCUGAAAAAGACUGAUGAGCAGGCAGCACAAGAGGCCCUCACCAGAAUGGUAUCUGCUGUAGAAGGCUUCAUUAACAAUGUAGACUCUCAGAUGAGGCAGCAAGAGGAGAAGCAGAAGCUGGCAGCCAUUGCUAGCCGCAUUGAAGCCUAUGAGCCAGUGGAAGGUGCUGCUGAGGAGGUAGAAAAGAUCCUCAAGGAUUACAAUCAGUUUGAUCUGACAGCUCCAGUGUUGGGUGCCUCAGCAGAAGAAACACGUCAACUUUAUCUGGAGGGAGCACUGAAGAUGAAAGAGGGCAAGGACAGUAAGAUGGAUGUGCAUUGUUUCCUGUUCACUGAUAUGCUGUUGAUUACCAAGCCAGUGAAGCGUGUGGAGAAGGUCAAGGUGAUUCGUCAACCACUGAUCAUUCACAACAUUGUCUGCAAGGAUUUGAAGGACCCAGGAACCUUUCUUCUAAUCUACCUCAAUGAGUUCCGCACUGCUGUGGCCUCCUACUGCUUCCAGGCUAGCAGUGCCACUCAAGGAUGCAGCUGGGUAGAGGCUAUCUACAAUGCUCAGAAUCAGCUUAAGAGGCUUUGCUCUGUAUCACGGAGGGAUGAGAGAGAUGAAGAAGAAGAGAAUGAGAUGGAGAGCAGCAUUUCCACAUCCAGUUCCCCAUCUCUGCAGCAUGAAGAGCCACUACACAAAAGAUCCACUGAGACAGUCUCCAUUGUCGCAUUGGAAGUACCCAAUGAAGUAAAAAGACCAUCGCUUUUGGACUCAGUACAGGCAUCUCUCCAAAGCCCUCUGUAUUCUGGUGCAUCAAGCACAAGGGAUACACUUUCUAUUAAUGACAGCCGAGCUCUGGAGAGGCUGGAUAAUCUGGUAGCCAUCAAGCUGGAUCCUGAGAGUCGGUCUCUAUCUAUAGAUAGCUCUUAUGGAACACUCUCGCCUGAGUCCCUGAUUGCUGAGCUGGACUUGAAGGGAGGGAUGGAGCAGAGUGAAGGAGAGGGGACCGACACUGGAGAAGAAGAGGAGGCCUUUGAGGAAGAUGACGAAGCUGAUGUUGAUGAUGAUGGAAAUGCAGAGAACUCCAUAGCCUGGAGUGGUUCGCAGGUCACUGUUAAUGAGUCUAACUUCUUGGGAGAUCAUUACAACCUUCAGGAGGAGCAAAUGGAACACUUGAACCUAAUGCCUCUCUACAAUAAUGCCUCUCAGGACUGUCGCUCACUAACGUUACGGCGGCGUUCACCCAUCCAUCCUCGUACAGGCUGCUUGCAGAACUUUGCCCGCAGGUCGUGUUCUGAGGACAACCUUCUCCAGCAGCUCACUUCUCCAGUGCACCAUUCCAGGAACAGCAACCACAACAUUAGCAAGAGCAUGACACAGCUCAUGGACAGCAGUGAUGACCUACAGGCAGAACAGGGGCAGUCCCAUCACGACCCCAAUGCUCUGUCAGACAAAGUCACAGAUACUCUAAUGAGAGCAGAGGUCCAAAUUUUUCACAGGGCCAUGAGCUGCCUCAGUGACCAAAAUAUUAGAAAGUGUGACAUGGUAGCAUCACAGCAGCUUCAAAAACGAAAACUGACCAAAGCUCAGCUGCAAAAGAUGAGAACCACCAUGAUGCUUAACUCAACCCUCACAGCCUCGGAGGUAUAGUAGCUGAGGCAACUGAAGUAAAUCCCAUUAGCUGUUCUGUUGGUGAUCUAUGCAGGUACACUGACACAAUUACCAGUAUCAUCAGCAGGAGAGACAUGUAAAUAACUAUUAAAGAAAUAAUAUCAACAUUUGUGCAAGCGAAUAAGGACAUAAGGAAUAUGGAUCUCAAUGCAGUGCUUUUAGAAACACCCAGUGAUUACAGCAUGACACAUGGACAUAUAUUUUCAAUGACUUCUGUCACAGGGACAUUCUUUAUGUAAAUGAUAUCUGCUUGAAGAACCUGCACUAAAAGAUGAAAAAAUGUAUUUGUUUAACAUUGUAGCAUUAACUAAACAUGAAGAGCUAAACAGAGAAUUUUGUUGUAUGGACCCCAUUUGUGGACUACUCUACCAUCAAAAUCAUGCUAUGCAUCAAGAUGACAGUAUUGUUUGUUUCUUUCAAAAGACUUCAUCUUAAAAAAUCUUUUAUCAGAAAUUAAUGCAGAUGUAUGAAGAUCUAUUUAUGUAUGAUUUUUAUCACACCAUCAUACACAUAUCACACAUAUAAGUAACUUCCUGCAACUCCCCUUUACCUGGAAGUGUUGCUUUUGCGAGAUUCCAUUCUGAACCUCAGAAGUUUUGAGUAUGAGCCUGUAGGCUUUUUUGAGGUCUAGAAUUUAAGGUCUAAAGACAAAUAAAAAAAAAAAUGGCUUAAAUAUUUACACUUCAUGUAGAGGACCUGUGUGGUUGAUGAUGACAGUUGUGGACAUGUAAUAAUGUUUACUGGUGAUUAUUUAAUAAUCUUUUAAAACCAUGUCCUGUAAAUAAUGUGAUAGAUACUCAUUAAAAACAAGAAAGAAUGUAUCCUGCUCACAUAUUUAACUAAAUCACAUAGUUUAAAUAAACAGAAAAAUCUUGUUUUGGUUUCUGAAUCCCAAUGCUCAGAAACCUCUGAGUUUAGCGGCAUAUGCCCCUAAACCAUGAAAUGGAGAGAAUUAAGGGGCAUCCUUUUAUUCUGAAGCCAUAGUAAUCAAACUGCGAGGGUAUGCUUUUUAUUUAAAGUAAAUAAACAAAAUGUAAUAUUUAUUAAGGCUUUCUUGUUUGUAAUUAAUAAAUACUUUCUUGUUGAUAAUUUUGUUUGUUUGAAUCAUUUCAAAGUUUACCUCUUUGUCAAUGUACUUGAGAAAAUUAAGGGCUGAAUCCAUGUUCCUUCCUCUUAAGUUCUGAUCCUAAUCAUGAGAUGUCCAAUCUUAUCCACAAAGGGCCAGUGUGGAUGACCAAGGGCCAAUGAAAACCUGCACCCACACCGGCCCUUUACGUAUAAGAUUGGACCCCCCGUUCUAAUCAGUUUACAGCUUGUUUGCACUGUACUACAGUAAUUCCCCUCCCAAAUAAAAUGAUUAAACUGU